GCAGCGUGCGUUGAAGUCAGGCACCAGCGGAGGGAAGAGUGAGGCUGCGAGGGCCGGCACUCGAAACUCAUCACCCAGAAGCGCAGGCUCACCCACUCCCUUUCAGUAUGCAAUGUGCAGUGCAGAUUUCGCACCCGAGACGGCGCGAGUGAAUAGAAUUCCCCGAAAAUACGUGCAAGAUGAGCAAAUAUUUGUCUUAGCAAGUCUGUGCCAAAUACCGUGUUUUGACGCUUAAAGGACGGAUGAAAUAUGGGGACCAAGCGGAGAGGCAUUUCGUAGGAUGUCACUGCGUGCUGCAUGUUCGGAGCCGAUGUGGUGCUGAUGCUGUUGCUGCCGGCCAGUCUGACUUGAGGAUUAGGACCGACUUUCCAAAGUUCUGCGUUGCGGUUUUUCCACUGAAAUAAGACUAACUCUGGCCGCUUAUUCAGCUCCAGCUCUAUUCCUCCAUGCUAAGUUUGGGGUUUAUAUGCUCACAUCUGUUGGAUACUCAAAAGACAUUUUUGGACCAGACAGUAUCUCUCGUUUAAAGCAGUCUCGAGCGGGGAAGUUACAAUGGAGUUCCACUUCACCUUGAAUGCUAUACCAGUCGUCUUUGCACUCAUCUGCUCUGCUGUCGGGUCCCGCCCGCGACUUCAAGACAGCCCCCCUCGGAUUGUGGAGCACCCGUCUGACCUAAUCGUGUCCAAGGGCGAGCCGGCCACGCUGAACUGCAAGGCGGAGGGGCGGCCCACGCCGACGGUGGAGUGGUACAAGGACGGAGAGCGGGUGGAGACGGACCGGGAGGAUCCGCGCUCGCACCGCAUGCUGCUGCCCAGCGGGCCCCUCUUCUUCCUGCGCAUCGUCCAUGGCCGCCGCAGCAAGCCCGAUGAGGGCGUCUACGUCUGCGUCGCCCGCAACUACUUGGGGGAGGCGGUCAGCCGCAACGCGUCGCUGGAAGUAGCCAUUCUUCGGGACGACUUCCGGCAGGCCCCCAGCGACGUGCUGGUGGCGGUGGGCGAGCCGGCGGUGAUGGAGUGCAUUCCGCCACGCGGUCACCCCGAGCCCACCAUCUCCUGGAAGAGGAACAAUGUACGAGUGAACGACAAGGACGAGAGGAUCACAAUCCGAGGUGGGAAGCUUAUGAUCUCAAACACCAGGAAGAGCGAUGCUGGGAUGUACGUGUGUGUGGGCACCAACAUGGUUGGGGAGAGAGACAGUGACCCCGCGGAGCUGGUGGUGUUCGAGCGGCCGGUGUUCGUGCGGAGACCGGUGAACCAGGUGGUGCUGGCAGACGACACUGUGGACUUCCUGUGUGAGGCGCACGGAGACCCCGCCCCCACAGUGCGCUGGCGGCGGGAGGAGGGGGAGCUGCCCCGCGGGAGAUAUGAAAUCCGCAGUGACAACAGCCUGCGGCUGACACAGGUGCGAGCGGAGGAUGAAGGCACGUACACCUGCGUGUCGGAGAACAGUGUGGGCAAGGCCGAGGCGUCCGGCACCCUGCAGGUGCACGUUCCCCCACAGAUCGUUAUUCGGCCACGAGACCAGAUUUCUGCCCCGGGACGCACCGUCACCUUCCUCUGCGGCACCAAGGGGAACCCCCCACCCGCCGUCUUCUGGCAGAAAGAGGGAAGCCAGGGCCUGCUGUUUCCCAGCCUGCCUCCUGAACAGUCAGGCCGCUUCUCUGUGUCCCUCAGUGGGGAGCUGACCAUCACCGAUGUGCACGCUGAGGAUUCUGGGUAUUACAUCUGCCAGGCCAUCAGUGUGGCAGGAAGCAUCCUGACCAAAGCCCUGCUGGAGGUGGAGAGCGCACCAUCUGACCGCAUUCCCCCAAUAAUCCGCCAAGGCCCAGCCAAUCAGACACUGGCCCAGGGGGCCACUGCACAGCUUCAGUGUCAUGUGAUGGGCAGUCCCUUACCCAGCAUCCAAUGGGAGAAGGAUGGACAAAGGAUUCUGGGAAAUGAUGCCCGAAUCAGCCUGAUGGAAAAUGGAACUUUGCAAAUCGCACUCCUGCAGGAAACGGAUUCAGGGGUGUACACCUGUGUGGCUUCCAGUUCGAGUGGGGAGACGAGCUGGAGUGGAACCGUCACUGUGACAGAGAAUGGCAUCCCAUCCAUCCCUCAGACGUCUGUGCCCAUCCAGCUCCCGGGCCCCCCCCACAAGCCCGUGGUGACGGACGUGUCCCUCAACAGCGUCACCCUGACAUGGCAGCCCAAUGCCCAUGAGGGCGGGGCCGCCGUCACCUCCUAUGUCAUCGAGGCCUUCAGCCAAUCAGCAGGCAGUACCUGGCAGACCGUGGCUGACCUGGUCAAGCUGGAGAAGCACACAGUCAGCGGCCUCUACCCCAACACGGUGUACCUGUUCAUCGUGAGAGCGGUCAACGCUUACGGACUGAGUGACCCCAGCCCCAUCUCUGAGCCCGUCCGCACACAAGAUGUGAGCCCUACCGGGCAGGGUGUGGACCUCCGGCAGGUGCAGCGCGAGCUGGGAGAAGUGGCCGUCCAGCUGCAGAAAUCCAUCCUUCUGACCGCCUCCAGAGUCCAGCUGCACUGGACGGUGGACCGUCAGUCUCAGUACAUCCAGGGGUACCGCGUGCUGUACCGGCCCGCAGGUGGGGCCUGGCUGGUGCAGGACGUGAAGGCUGCCCCCGAGCGCAGCACGGUCAUAUCCGACCUGCGCAAAGGCACCGAGUACGAGAUCAAGAUCCGGCCGUACUUCAACGAGCUGCAGGGCAUGGACAGCCCAAUGCUGCUGGUGCGCACGCCAGAGGAGGUCCCCAGCGCCCCUCCGCAAGCAGUGUCCAUAGCAAGAGUCCAGCUGGGCAACUCCUCCAGCAUCAGCGUGUCCUGGGAGCCCCCCCCUGCGGAGGCCCAGAAUGGUAUCAUCCAGGAGUACAGGAUCUGGUGCGUGGGGAACGACACGCAGGCCAUCAACAGGACGGUGGACGGGACGACCCUGAGCGCGGUGUUGCAGGGGUUGGUGCCGGGGACGCUGUACCAGGUGGAGGUGGCGGCGGUGACCAGCGCGGGCGUGGGUGUCCGCAGCCAGCCCGUGGCCGCGCUCAUCCAGCCACCCGCAGAACAGCCUGUGGUUCCCGUGGCGACCGAGGAGAGCGUCAGCCUGGCGGAGCAGAUCUCGGACGUAGUGAAGCAGCCGGCCUUCAUCGCGGGCAUCGGAGGUGCAUGCUGGGUAAUCCUCAUGGGCUUCAGCGUCUGGAUCUACUGCCGCCGCAAGAAGAGGAAGGAGUUGAGCCACUACACCGCCUCUUUCGCCUACACCCCCGCAGUUGGAUUUUCUCACGGUGAAGGACUGGGCCUCAUAAACGGGAGGCCUGGCAUGCUGGGGACCAAUGUGGGCAACUACCCGUGGCUCGCCGACUCCUGGCCCACACCCAGCCUGGUGCACAACGGCAAGGACUCCAUCAACUGCUGCACCGCCAAGCACGACUCCGCGGAGAGAUACUACAACGAGGUGGGAAUCUCCAACUACCUGAGCCAGACGGAGAAGUACAGCCAGGGGUCCACCGAGGGCCCCAUCUACAGCACCAUCGACCCCGCGGCUGAGGACCUGCACCCCUACUGCCAGCAUGCCGCGCCCUACGGCAGCACUCCCAUCAUGCCCUUCUCCAGCCAGGCGGCCGGCAGUCCCGAUCACGGCGGGGAGCACUGGACCCUCCAGCCGGGCCCUUCCAGCACGCAAUACGCCCAGCCCGACCGCGCCAGGACAGAAAACGCAAAGCCAGUGAAGCAGAGGUCGAUGGGGAAGGCGGUGAAGACCCCAGCCCUGAACUGGCCGGAGGCGCUGUUCCCUCAGCUGGCCUCCAGGGAGCUGGAGCAGCGGCCUGAGGACGUGGAGAGCGAGUGCGACAUGGACCUGGGCUCGGAUGAAGAAGAGGACUGGUGUCCACCCUUACCUGAGAGAACCUACCUGAGCGACGGUCCCCUGGACGGCGCCUCGUCCCCCGCAGUCUCCUACAGCCUCCAGUCCACCGCCACUCUCACACCCUCGCCCCGGGAGGACGGCCACAACCCCGAGGACAUCCCUCGCCUGCACCACUUCGACAUGCCCCAUGUGGCACGGAGGGUACCCUGCGGACCUAUCCCAGUACCACGGGUCCCCAGCCCGCCCCUCACCCAGUCCGACCCCAGCCUGUCAGCCAAUCACGGCACUCCCCACCACGGCAGCCACCGGCGAGACGGCAGCCAGGGGGCAGCACUGAGCUCAGACAGCACGAGUGCCUCCGGGACAGGCCGAGCUCGCGCCCCUUUGGCCGAUGAUGCCCACACGCCACAGGGGCAGAAGUCCAGGCCCAAGAAGAAGGGCUCCAAGGCCGGCCAGUACAGAAGAGAGCAGCUGAACCAAGGAGACCUCCCCCCUCCCCCUGAGCCACCCCCUGCAGACGAGCCACUCUUGGCUGACUUCCUGGACUGUGGCCGGACAUCGCUGGACAGAGACGGGAUAUCAGUCUCAUCUAUGGAGAGGAAAGGAGAGCACAGCGCCCACUACAGGAAGGGAGGAGCACAGCGACACAAAGAGGAUGAAGAUGUAAUCCCUUACUGCAAACCCAGUUUCCUGUCCCGGGGACAGAUGUCGAGCAACUGCUCCACGACAGGAAGCUCAUCCUCACGCGGAUCCACGGGGUCACGGGACCCGGGUUCAAGCAGGAAGAGGAACGAGGUGAACGUGAUCCUGACAGCCGAAUUCUGCACAUUUUACAACUUUACAUUUAAGUUUACAUUUCUGUUCUCUCGGAGAAACUCUUAUCCAAAGCAAUUUACCAAGGCCAAAACGCAGUCUGAAGAGGUGGGUCAGCAGGUCAGCAGCCCACUGGCAUGCUUGCUGUGUGUUCCUUGUUAUCAGGGGCUCCUCAAACUCUGAUUGUUAUUUCAUGCAGUGGUACUGCAGUCAAAAUACUCUUUACCGCUCUCACAACGUCUCAGUCUUAAAGCGCUCAGAUGUGGAGGAUUGUAUCCCACAGUUUUGAGUGGCAAGCUUUGAACCUCUCAAAAUUCCUGUGACAUUAUUCAGUUACCGCCGGGGUUUGAGGGUUCGGUAUCAUGUUGCACGUCUCGCUGACAUCACAGGAGGAGUGAAGAAUAGCAUUCUUAUUGCGUGUGAGAGUCCUGCAGCAAAGGAAUGCCAUGGAGGAGACGCACUCAGAUGCAUGAAAGGAAAUGUAAUCUAAUGACAAAGGCAGCCCAGAGGGCUUCAGUAACAGGUGUGUGCGUGACAUGACAGAUGGAGGAGGGGAAGCAUUCAAUCACUCAGUGUCAAUUAGGACUCAUAUCUCUCUCUCCUUUUCCCUCUCCCUCUCCCUCUUUCUCUUUCUCUCUGCCUCUCCUUUACUCUCUCUCCCCCACUUUCUUUCUCUCCCUUCCUUCUACUGUAUACUGACCCUCUCACACAUUUGAAAGUAAGCAAGCACAGCCACACACACACACACACACACACACACACACACACACACUCACACAUAC